AGCAAAAUAAUACCGUUUUUAUUUGUGAAUAAUUCCGGCUUUCCUCAUUUACACGAACCCAUUUUAAGAUUAUAGUUUUUAGAAAGUGAUAAAUUUCCCAUUUCUAACCGAGAACGAAAACGGGCAAGGCAAUGAAUUUGAAAAAUUCCAAGUUUUACAAGAGGAUACAGGAGCUGCGUCACUUCUCCAAGGAGAAGAUUCGGAAGGAUCGGGAGCAGCGGACCCGUGUCGUCCGCGCCUUGGAUAUGGCAUUUAGUGAGCAACCAUGUAAGGACAGGGAAUGGUUCAGUCCGGGGCAAUCGCCUUCUCAACAACCCUCAUCCCCGCGUCGUAGACGUGGGAAGAAGUUUCGUGGCUUUAAGAAGAGGGCUUCCGCCGGCAAGGAAAUAAACGAUGUCUCCCCAUAUUACGAACAAUCUUCAGGUGAAAAUAGUCCUAUGCCCGAGACAGACAGCAAGUUAGAAGGCUUCAUCCAGCUUAACAACACGACGUACCGGGUAGAAUGUCCCGUACGUAUUGUUAGUCCGCCCAAGAACGAUAACGUACAACGCGUAGCCAGUGAUACCAAGAGCACAAUCUGUGUGUCCAAUUCACGCUACGCCAUGAUCGGCAAGAUCUCCAAGACUCUGGGUUACAAGUUGGUCAAGGAGUCCAAGAUGUGGAACAUCCUGUGGUCGGAUUCUUUUCCCGGCGUUGAACUAUUUAAGAACAUGAAGCGCUUUCAGCAGAUUAACCACUUCCCGGGCAUGAUCGAGAUCUGUCGCAAAGAUCUUCUAUCGCGGAAUCUCAACCGGAUGUUGAAGCUCUUUCCCCAAGACUACAAGAUCUUUCCCAAGACCUGGAUGCUGCCGGCGGACUAUGGAGACGCCAUGAGCUAUGCCCUCAACCACAAACGCACCUUUAUCCUUAAACCAGAUUCUGGGGCACAGGGGCGUGGCAUCUGGCUAACCAAUGACCUAAAGACUAUCGGUCCUCAUGAGCGACUCAUCUGCCAGACGUACAUACACAGGCCUCUACUUAUUGAUGGUUAUAAGUUUGACCUGCGAGUCUACACCUUGAUCACCUCUGUGGAUCCUCUACGAAUCUUUGUAUACAACGAGGGAUUAGCUAGAUUUGCCACAAACAAGUAUGUGGAACCCACGCCCGGAAACUCCAAUGAUCUGUACAUGCACCUGACAAAUUACUCUGUUAAUAAACGAAACUCGCACUACGAACUCUGCGAUAAUGAUGACUGUGGGAGCAAGAGAAAACUGAGUGCCAUUAACAACUGGAUGCGUCGCCACAACUAUGAUGUGGAGGAGUUCUGGAGUAACGUGGAUGAUGUGAUCAUCAAGACAGUGAUGAGUGCUUGGCCAGUGCUGAAGCACAACUACCAUGCCUGUUUUCCGGGACAUGACAAAAUACAGGCCUGCUUCGAGAUACUCGGCUUUGAUAUUCUGGUGGACUGGAAGCUAAAGCCCUAUAUCCUGGAGGUCAACCACUCACCAAGCUUCCAUACCAACGAGCAGGUGGACCGGGAAGUGAAGAGACCUCUUAUCCGGGACACUUUGAAUUUGGUCAGCACAGUACUGGCGGACAAGAGACAGAUUCUUAAGGAGGAUCGCAAGAGGGUCAAGCAGCGUCUGUUAAAGAUCAGAGGAGAGCCACCAGUUCAGCGUCCUCGCCUUGGUGGCGGCACCUCCAAGGGCAAAAUUGAUAUCCAAAAGAGCAAUCCAGAAGCCAAUCCAGUUAUAGAGGUAGAGACAGAGGAUAAAGGUCCACUGGCACAACAAAUCGCUUGGGAAGAAAGUCAUUUGGGAAACUUCAGGAAGAUAAUGCCGCCGCCGGAUUCAACAAAGGUUGACUACUAUACCCGUUUCUAUGCCCAGUCAAAUCAGGUGUCCAUAUUUGCUGAGACGGCAGCCAGCAAAAAGCGGGAGGAUCUCGCACGGAAGAUGCGCAUUCAGAUCGAGGAGAAGAAUGCCAAACAGCAACAAAUGCUAAAUGGGAAGACCAAGCGGGAAGCCCGUAAACGGCUUGCUGUGAUGCUCCCAAGGGCUGUGCGAGAGAAAAAUCGGAUAAAUCUUUUCCGGUUGAAAGAGAACUGGUCUCCGGGCUUCAUUUCCGAUGCUGAGGAGCGAUUACGCCACACUUGGCUACAUAUGCGAUCGGAGGCCAUAAGAACUCUCAAGAUCACAGAGAAUAUCUAUAGCAAUCUUUAUGAAACAGGUCUUUUGACAAACACAGAUAUGGUCGUCUAUCCCCAUUUCUACCAUAACCUGCAGCACGGUUUCGACAUCAGAAAAAAUCCCUGAAAUUAAUUGAAUCUCCCAUUUAAAUUCCCAAUUUUACUAUAUUCCCCUGUUUCGACCUCCACAGACUACACACUUCCAGGAUGUGUUCUUAAAGUCGUUAUCUUUUAAAUUUAAAUUGCUGCUCACCAUAAACAAAAAAAUAAACCCCUAUACAACUAUAA